AUGUCCGCAGAUCUGGUCCCCGAAACGAGGGUCCUUGCCGUUGCCAGCCAUGUUGUCUAUGGCCAUGUCGGUAACAAAAUGGCAACCCUCGUCAUGCAGUCUCUGGGCUGUGAUGUUGCCGCUUUGAAUACCGUUCAUUUCAGCAAUCAUACUGGCUACCGCCAGUUCAAGGGCACUAGGGCAACAGCAGAGGAGAUCAGAAACCUCUAUGAAGGCUUGUGCAUGAGCAACCUCACAGACUUUGAUGUCAUGCUCUCCGGCUAUGCGCCGAGUGCUGCUGCUGUUGAAGCCGUCGGGUCUAUCGGUCAAGACCUCCAACGCAAGGCUGCAGCCCGUCCCGGUUCUUUCUUUUGGGUCCUGGACCCCGUAAUGGGCGACCAAGGCCGUCUAUACGUCAACGACGAUGUAGUACCAGCAUACAAGAACAUUGUGCAAUAUGCCGACUUGAUCCUCCCAAACCAAUUCGAAGCCGAAGUCCUCUCCGGCAUCCAAAUAACCUCCCUCCAAACCCUCGCAAAAGCAAUAACAACCCUACACGCAACCUACAAAAUCCCCCACGUAAUCAUCACCUCAGUGCAACUCUCCAAACUCUCCCCAUCGCAAGAAAACCCCUCACCAAACUCCACCCAGAACCUCCUAACCGUGAUCGGCUCCACAACCCUCUCCAGCGGCAAACCGCGCCUCUUCCGCAUCGACGUCCCAGCCAUAGACUGCUUCUUCAGCGGCACAGGCGACAUGUUCGCCGCACUAACCGUCGCCCGCCUCCGCGAGGCCGUGUUCGCCGAUCGCAACCCAGACCUCCGGAACACAAAGUCCUGGGUAUCGGGCGACGAUGUACGCCCCACGGAGCUGCCGCUUGCAAAGGCCACCGAGAAGGUUUUGGCUAGUAUGCACAAUGUGCUGGAGAAGACUAAUGAGGCGAGGGAUGUGGAACUCGCGGCCACUGCGCCUGCGUCUGGGGGAAGCGAGGAGGUGCAGAAGAAGGAACAUCUACGGCGGACGAAGGCUGGCGAGAUUCGACUGGUAAGGAACGUGAGGUUUUUGCGGGAGCCUACGGUGGAGUUCAAGGCGAAGGAGUGGGAGGGGGACUAUUGA